UCCAGUCUGUACUGUGGGGAGGUGGAGGGUCUGUCGGGGGAGGCGGGGGCUGGUGGAGUCCUUCCUGGUGGAGCUGUAUCGGUGUAAACUCUGUCAGUUCACCUGCGGCCUCAAGCCUGCCAUCAACAGCCACCUGCUGCAGAGGCACCGCCCCCCCGCCCUCGCCUAUCUGGGGGAGGCUGAUGAAGGGGAUGGGGUUGAGGGUGGAGAUGAGGCGGGGCUCCAGCAGGGAGCAUCGCCCUAUCAGCUGGACCUGAACGGACACUCGAAGCAGAGCAACGAGGACGAGGACUUCCUGCUCUACAACAUGCUGGACAACAUGAGCCCACCCACCUGUGACAUCGGCACGGAGGGAGGACUGCAGGUUGCACACACCUGUGAGGUCAGUACGCUGUUUGAGGAGGAAGAGGGGGAGGAGAAGGAGAAGGAGGGGGCGGAGUCCAUCUUCCAUCUGCAGGGGGGCUCAGUGGAUCUGUCUUGUCACAUCAACCCCCCCGCCACUAAGGAGGAGAUGGCUCAGUCUGCUCACCUCAUGACUCUCGGACUUUGUCGCAUCUCAGCCGCCAGACAUCCUCCCCCUCCUUCCCCAACCCAACACCUUCCUCCCCCAGAACGCCCCCCCCGUGCGUCCCAGGACGACAGGAAGCAGUGCAAGACAAACGGUCAACAGAUGAGGACUCUGCUGCCAUGUCUCCUGUGUCCUCUGAUGCUUUCGUCCAGGCGGCUCCUGGACGUUCACAUCCAGUCUCACCGAGCAGCCGGCGGCUUCAGCUGCGUCCACUGCAGUUGGACGGCCAACAGCUGGAAUGACCUAGAACCUCAUUGGAGGAGCCACUGCAGGAAGGUACGGAGGGAGGAAGAGGAAGAAGAGUCGGAGGCGGCGGCGGCGUGUUCUGUCUGUCUGAGGACGUUCAGGAAUGUUGCAUCACAAAACGCUCAUCGCCACAGUAACUGCUCAGACAGAUGGAAGAGCCGACUGAUAAGACAAGCAGGAGGGAAGGAGGCGGAGCUUACAGACAGACAGACAGCUGGCAGCCAAUCAGACACCAGCCUGAGUGUGAUGGUUCCUGGUCCGACUGGCAGGCGACAUACUGGCUCACUGCAGAGCACCACCAACAGCAAGAAGAAGAAGACCAGGAGAAAGAAAAAGAAAGAAGAAGAAAAAGUGGAGGCUAAGGAGACGGGGUUCUGCUGCUCACUGUGUCACAGGAAGUUCUCCUCUAAACUGACGCUGAGGCGUCACCUGGGCGUCCACGGAGGAGAGAGACCAUUCACCUGUCCACACUGUUCAUACAGCAGCCGACUGAGGGCCUCGCUGCUGCAACACCUGAGGACGCACACAGGUGAGAAGCCGUACAGGUGUGGUCAGUGUCCGUACGCCUCGAUCGAUCGCAGCUCGCUGAUCAGACACAGUCGAACUCACAGUCAAGAGAAACCUCACAGAUGUACACACUGUGACUACAGCAGCAUCCAGAAGAAGAGUUUGGACCUCCAUGCUCGCCGUCACCACACAGGUGAGGCGUUUCCAUGCCGACAGUGUGUAUACUCGAGCCCGGACCGUCAGCUGCUGCUCAGACAUGUUCGCAGACACCACGCCCCCUCGCAGCACGCCGCUCUGUGAACUCACCGGUGGCUAAACGCUCUUAUUGGACUCUUAGCUUGUGGGCUGAACUACACUGAUGAUGUCACAGUCAGAUUUUAAGGAAUUUUUAUUGAUAACGAAAAUAAAAUGUAAAAAAUGAA